CUGUUUGGCAUGCACAUGCACCGUCUGCCAGAUGUGCAUCAUUUGCCAUCUGCAUUUAUGCUUGCCGCCCUCGAGCUGUUGACAUGUGACCCUCUGAAACAUCUGUAGGGCCUGAAUCACCGACCACGUUGCCAGCUUGUGUGAUUACAUUCAUAGGCGGAGCACGCGAAGUUAGGUCUUUCGAUAAUCGACCAAAUGAUACGUCGUGAUCUUCCCCCUCUCUUGUGUUAGGCCAUAUAAGCAUUUCUUUCAAAGUCAUCGCAUUAUGAUACUCCAGUACGUCCUGCCACAUCCGCAUACUCCUUUCCUCCACCCCUCCAUCAUGUUCUUCCGCGGUCUGAGCGCACUCGUCGCGCUCGCCAGCACCGCGUACGCAGCUUGCACCUCGUGCACUUCGUGCGCCAACUCGACGUCCACCUGCCAGGUCAACCGUCCAGGCGGCCUGAUCCUGCUUACCACGUUCUGGGACUACAACCCCUCAACGGGCCCGGGUGACUCGUUCACUAUCCACGGUCAAUGGCCUGACUACUGCAAUGGCGGAUACGGAAGCUCGUGCGACUCGAGCCGUGCCUACAUGGGCAUCUCGAGUAAGCUCAAGAACGCCGGCAAGACGGGCCUGCUGAACUUCAUGAACAAGUACUGGGUAGACAUCAACGGUGAUAACGAGUCCUUCUGGGAACACGAGGUUGCCAAGCACAUGACGUGCAUCUCGACGCUCGACCCGAGCUGCUACCCCAACUAUACGCAGUACGAGGACCUAUUUGACUUUUUGCAGACGACGACGGAUCUGUUCAAGAGCUAUGACAUCUACGGCGCCCUCACAGACGCGGGCAUCACGCCAUCUUCGUCCAAGACGUACACGCUCUCCCAGAUGCAGGCCGCCACCAAAGCUGCGUUCGGGCAGACGACAAGCUUCCGCUGCACAUCGGGCAACUUGAACGAGGUGUACAUCUACUUCCACACUAACGGUCGCAGUACGACAACCGAUGCCUUCACGCAGGUGGCCCCGCUCGCGGGCGACACCAACUGCCCCAGCACUGGCAUCAAAUGGUUGCCCAAGAACUGAACAAAACGGGAACACAGGGAGGGAACUUGCCGAGCGAGUUCCCGCUGACACCGACAUGACCAUAAUGCACUGCAAAUCACCAUUUCCCCACUCUACAACCCCGCCAGGACGCUGGAAAGCUGCUCAUUAAAAGGGGAAAAGGAAACGUACUUUAGAUUACGAAAAUGUAUAUAUCACGUAUGUAACCUAUUAUUUUACCGUAUAUACGCU